UGUAAUCACAUGAUAUUAGCCAUUCAUGGCACAAAGAAAGCAAUCACUUCGUUUCAGGAUCCCAUGGCUAUCAGGACCAUCUGAAUCAUUCUCUCGUCGCCUAAAAGAUAAACCAAAAUCUCCUCCUCAUGCAGACACAAACAUACCCAUUCAAAGACCAUCUAAGCCUUCUGUGAUAACACCUUCAGAGUUAUAUCCUCCUAGUCCUACCAAAACUCAUGAAACCGCCUCAAAAGCUGAACCUCAAACCCAAUCACCGCCUCAUCCAACACAUCCACCGUCACCUUCACCUCAUGCACAAUCUCCAUCUCAUGUUCAUAUUGCAUCCUCAUCCCCCAAAACACAACCUCUUCAGUCUCCCCCUCAUAAUGGAGCCAUGCAGGUGCCAAAGCCUGCUGCUGAAGAAACCACUCCUGCAACAUCUUUUUCUGAACAAGAAAGGGAAAAGAUGGUCUUGUCUGAACCAAAACAAGAAGAACCUGAGCUUAAGGUAAGAUCACCAUUGAGAACAACCCCCAAGUCACCAGAACCUUAUUCUUCUCAACAAGUUUCUUUUGUGCCUUCUUCAUUCCCAGUUUCAAAAACUGAACCACCGUUUGAGCCUCAUCCAUCAUCUUCUUUGACCUCAGAGCACACCAAUGAGGUGUUAAAGCCUCAAGCUGAAGAAACCACUUCACCUGCAUCACCUACUCCUCAAGAAGAAAAAGAGAAGAUAGCACAAGAAACAGAAGUGCCAAAGAUGAAGUCACCAUUGAAAACCACCCCCAAGUCACCUGAGAAUCUGUCCGCACAACCUGCAGCAAUUACAGGUGAUGAGCAAAGAUCAACAACACCAAAUUCUCCUUUGGAAAUACAAAGCAAGUUCCUUCAACAUGAAGAAAAAGAGAAAGUGGUGGACGAAAACACUAAGGCAAAAAGAAAAGACAGAGACAAAACAACCACACCAGAGGCCCCUUUGGAAGCACAGAGCAAGUUCCUUCAACAUGAAGAAAAGGAGAAAGAAGUGCAUGAAACCACUAAGGCAGAAAGAAAAGGCAAAGAAACAAUCACCACACCAAAACCAACUCAACACACCAUAGCAUUUGCUUCAGGAACAACAACAAAGGCUAAAGAUUCAUUUGCCAAGGUGUUUCGCGCAGAUAAGAAGCCACAUGCAGCACAACGAGAAACUGUGGAGAGAAAGGUUAUGUUUGUCACAUCCAACCCUAGUGGGAAAGACACAAGAGUUGUGAGUUCAACAGAAGAAGGGACAAGGAAUGUGUCAAGCAUAACACCUGAAACAAGUGUUGUGGAAAAGGCUCCAUUGCAAAAGGGUAUCAAAGAUGAUAUCACAAAGUUUGUUCAUAAACUAACAGCCUCAGUGCAUGACCCUACACAACCCUUGGAUGAUAAACAGUUUAGUGUCAUAACCUUGGCUGGUGACAAUAGAGGAGCCAAAAUGCAUGUAGGUUCUGAGUCAGCUAAGAAAGAUGGUUCAAUUCAUAUCCACCGAGCCUAUAAAACUGAUCCAGAAGAGAGCAAUGAAGUGAACACAGAUGGAGAAGAAAACAAUGAGGAAGACCUGGAGGAAGACGAUGAGGUGGGAAUGGCAUAUGUUAAUAGCAACAUACAGAGUAUCAACAACUCACUCAUGUUUCAUGGCUCAAUCAAUGAAAGAGACCCUGGUGUUCAAGUGACUCUUCCACAAAAGCCUUCUGAGUCCAUCAAGCCCAAUGACAAGCCUGUCUUGAAAACUCAAAGGACUCAGUUGAACAUUAACCGGGCUGAGAAGUUAACCUACCAGCCCACUGUUAAAAGAUCCCUCAGAGGCCUUUUUCCUGAACCAAACGCUUCAGGCCCAGAUGACCAUCCUCGCAGUCAAGGUUGCAAGUUUAGUUGUGAUGACAUUGAAGACAUUCACAUUCUUUGAAUGAACAAGCACAUGGCUUCCCUU